AUGGCAAACCAAAUGUCAAAGUCUUCAUGUUUCUUUGCUGUCUUGGUCUUAGUUUUUACUGUUCAAUUUAUUCAGAUUGAUGGUGAAUGCACAAAAGUUGUGGGUAACUGUGCGGCAGCAGAUUGUACUGCUCAUUGUAAUUCAUAUGCUAGAGGUGUUAGUGUUUUAAAAGCAUCAUGUGAAUUCUUAAACUUGUGCACUUGUACUUUUGAUCGACCACCACCAGGAGAACCAACACCUAAUUGCGAUAUUGGGUUGGGACUUUGCACUAAUGACUGUAACUAUGAUUGUUGCGACAAAAAGUGUAAAACUAGUUUUCCUAAUUCGGGUCAAGGGACAUGUAUAAUAGCCUUUGAUCGAGAUCUUUGCAUGUGUUCAUAUAACCGUUGA